UUUGACAGCCCUCGUUAAUACACAAUUAUUUACUUACUUGUUAACUUCAUAUGGUGAUAAUAUGUCAGUGUUGUGUUUACUUUGUGUUGCGCUGCCCCUAAGUUGCAAAAAACAGUAAUGUUUGUGCUUUAAACAUGACUCAGGUCUUCACACAUGAGAAAAUCCCCAUUAGCCAUAUCGUAGAUACUGUAAAUGUUUUCCAGAUUUCUUUGUAGACGGUUUGCCUCUCAGUUUUGUUUCUCUAUUCCCAUACACUGAGCCAUUUUGUUCCACUUCAGGACAAUAAGUAUGUUUGCUUGCAAUACAUGAAUACAUUUUGUACUCUUUUGAGAAGUAAACUUGUUUACUUAAUUAACAGAAAGUUAUAAUCAAUUGAUUGUUAACGUCCUUAAUCAUAACUUUGGCUAAACAUUUGAAUAUCUUUGGGUUUUGGACUGUUGAGGAGACAAAACAAGAGACGAUCACUGAGAAUGAAAAUAAUCAGUAGUUGUUCAUGAACUCCAGUGUAAGCACAGAAGGCCAUUAAAAUACAAAACUUUCUUUGUUUCAAAAUUAAAAAUGCAUCAGCAAAGUCACUUACUGUCCAAAAAGAGACGUUUUACAUAAAUAAUAAAUUGUCUUUUAAUGCCCGCGGUGAGCCUGACAGCGCGGUGACAAGGAGGAAGAGAAGGAGUGGGUUUAAGUGGGGUCAGUGUUCAUAAUGUCAUUACCACGUUGUUUUGGUUAUCAAGUUCCGCUCUAAUUGGAUUGUUCCUUCUCGUUAGAUGUGGGCUGCUCUGCAUGUGUUACAGUAAACGUCUGUUUUUGUAACUUGUGACUUACACCCACUCUCCUUUAGUCCCCGGUGUACAAUACGUGAGCUGUAAAUUCACAUUAUGUCUCCUUUCAGAUGGAUGAACCCUCUCCACCUGCCUUUCCCUCACUUUUAUUAUUUGUCACCUUCAGUCUCACCUGCUCAUAUUGCAUGAUGUCCCACCCCCCUCCCUCCUCUGUUUACCAAUUACAGCAUCAAUCCAUGCUGUCCACUGUGGGAGCGGUUUCUCAUUUCAGGCAGAGGUCAUUCAUUCAGCCCAGCCCUCUUCAGCUCAAAUCACAGAGACAGUCCGGUCUUCAUACUCGACCCGAAGCUGCUCUCUAACUCACGGCUGCAGAGAUGAUGCAUGUUGCUUUUCUCCUUCUGAUCGUCUUCACAGAUGGGUCGUCCUCUGAGAAGGUGUGCAGUUACCAGGACGUAGUGGACUACCUGAACCUGACCACAGAUAGCAGUGCGUUUAAACUGACCCGGCCCGUUCUGGACCACACACACUACACCGACGUGAAGCUGGACAUCAUCCUCUUUGCCAUCCUGGCUGUGGUUGAGAAAACACAAACUUUUAUUCCUUUCAUCUGGGCAACAAUGCAAUGGGACGAUGAACGCAUCUCGUGGGACUCGGAUCAGUUUUGUGGAAUCAAACAGAUUACCAUUCCUAAAGAAAUGCUCUGGAAACCCGACCUCUUCAUCUAUGAGAUGACACAGAAGGACGACUCCCCUCAGAAUCCCUACAUGCAAGUGCACAGCGACGGGACGGUCAUAUCUGAAGAGGACUUGAAGGUGGUCAGCACCUGUUACAUGGACGUCCACAAGUUCCCCUUCGACACACAGAAAUGCAGCAUCUCCAUCGGAUCUGCGAUACACUCUGUUGAUGAGAUUCGUCUCUUUCCUUACUCCAAUUCGUCUCGAGCCACCCAGUUUACCCGAGAGGUGAUGAAGACUCAGGGAGAGUGGGAGUUCCUCCAACUGUCCAUCACCAAAAGAAAUUUCACCUUCAGCGAUUCAACACUGUAUGAACUGCUCGAAUACACUUUCACCAUGAAGAGGAGGCCCCUGCUCCACGUCAUCAACUUCCUGUUGCCCAUCCUGUUCUUCCUGAGUCUGGACAUUGCCUCCUUCUUCAUCGCAGACCAUCGAGGAGAGAAGCUCGGCUUCAAAGUCACCGUGCUGCUGGCCAUCUCUGUCCUGCUGCUCAUCCUGAACGACAUCCUGCCCUCCAUGUCCAACAAGACUCCGCUCAUAGCGACCUACUGCAUUGUGAUCUUUGCUCUGAUGCUGCUCAGCCUGCUGGAGACCAUCUUGGUUACGUAUCUUAUGGAGAAAGACUCUGAAUCCCAGGAGAAGCUCAAGCUGAGGGACGACUGGGAGGACAAACAGGAGGAAGUCAAAAUCGAUAACUGUAACAAGGAGGAGAAAAGACAAUCCUGCUUAUCAUGCAUCUGUAACGCGUCUGACGGUGAGAAACAGCAUGAACUGCUGCCGGUGGCUGAAGAGGUUAACAACAGCGUUCAGUCACGAGAGUCUCAGGCGUUACUGCUGAUCCUGGAUGAGCUGAAGGAGCUGAAGGAGCUGCAGAAAACUCUGAAUCUGCACUUCAGCUGCAGACAGGAAGGAGGGAAGUACGGCCUCCGUGCUGCAAGAAUCAACAAAGCUUUCUUCAUUUUCUACGUCAUCACCGUGUCGCUGUUUCUAUCCCUCAUCUUCAUCGCGUGGAACACUUAGAAAUGUAAAACAAUACCUUGCAAUACUUGUUGUGCUUAUAAAAGCACAUGUUGUGUGUCUCGUUGUGAAUCUAUUUUAUGUGGAUGAGAUAGUUGAAAGUGAAAGUUACACGACCCUGUAGACGUGUGAGAUUUAUACUGUUGAUAAAAGCUUUAGAGGCCAGCUUAAUGCAUCGCCUUUGAAUAUGAUUGUAUAAAAUGUGUAGUGAAUAAUUCAUGUUCGUUUACAGAGAUUAAACAGGAAACUUUACUGCC